AUGCGCUCUGUAUCGCCCGCAAUGCGCCCUGCGUUGCCCCACCUUUCCCCCACCUCAUACGCACCACACCCUCCCUCCCCCUCCCCUCUCCUCUCCCCUCCCCCGCUCCUCCGCGCCCCUCCUUUUCCCCUCCGCCCCACCUCCCCCCUCCUCCGCCCGACUUCCCCCACCCUUCCCCCGGCCACGCCGUCGUUCCUCCGACCAUCCGCGCAAUUUCCCUCAUCCGCUCAAUCCCCCGCAUCCGCGCAAUUCCCCCCGUCUCCGCCUCUCCCGGGCACCACUUGCCAUCCCACCAGCACCGCACCUAACCCUUCUGACCAUCCCAACACUCCACCCUCUCCCAACCCUUUCCCCUCUCCUUCCUCGCUUCAACCUUCUUUCGCUCCUACCGCUCCCAACCUUUCCUUCUCUCCUAGACCGUCCCUCGCGCCGCCCACACCCUCGUGGAGCAGCGAGAAGGAAAGGCGAAGCGCAAAGGUAACAGCACCCGGCGCCGCCGCCGCCGCCGCCGCCGCCGUCGUAACCGCCUCUGCAGCACCAGCGUCAGCAGCAGCGGGAGAAGGAGGGGCAGUUGGCGCAGGAGGUGGAGGGGGAGGAGGAGGCGGAGGAGGAGCAGAAGCAGGGGGGAAGGCGAGGAGCGGAGGAAGAGGCAGCAAGGCGGGAGGAGGCGCGGAGGUGCGCCGAGCCGUGGGGCUGUCGGAGCUGGCAAAGGGGAGGGGCGCAGCUGGCGCGAGGGGCGCAGCCGGCAUGAAGGGUGUGGGGGGCACGCAGGGUGUGGGUGGUAGCAGGACGGCGACAGGGCAGCAGCGAGAGCGGCGUGCCAAGGCGGCGCCACGCGAUCAGGAAACCUGCCACGAGAGCGUUGCUGCCGUGCCCGCUGCUCCCGCGUCCGCGACCGCUGCUCCCGUGCUCACAGUUUCUCCCGCCGUGGCUUCCCAGUCUCAAAGUCAACCUUCCCCACUCACGCGGAAAGACCUAGACCUGUCCCCACACAUCGCCCCUCGCUCGUCUCACCCGCCUUGCUCCCCCCACGCGCCCUCCUCCCCCUACUCGCCGCGCUCCCCCUACUCGCCGCGCUCUCCCCGCACACCUCACUCCCCCCACACUUCCCGCGCUUCCCCCACUCCGCGCUCCCCACUACGGUCCAUCACCCGUGAUCCGCGCACAAACUCCCCUCUCUCCUCCCCACUCACUCCUCCCCAUCCUCACUCGCUCUUCUCUCCCACCACCACCCCUCCUCGCCCUCCCCUCCCUUCACCCCUCUCCUCCUCCUCCUGCUCCACCCUCCCUGCUCCCCUCUCCUCUCCCUUGGGAUCUCCAGCUCCGUCCCUCGCUCGCCGGGUCUCCACCUCAGCUUCGGGAGCUGGUUCGGCCUCAGCCUCUGGGGGAUCACCCACGCGGAGCUGGAAAGAACGGCCCGAACCGUCAGGUUUGGCUCAAGGCCCGGGAUCAGGCCCAGCAUUGAGUAGGCUGAGCAGCAGCAGCAAGGAAGGGUGCGGUAACCGUAACGGUCAUACCACAAGCAGCAACAGCAGCAGCGGUGGUAACACCACCACCGUCACCGCCAGCACCAUCACCACGACAAACGGCAGCAGCGGUGUGAAGGCAGCAGGGUUCCCAUCGCUCCCGCGCCUGCGCAUGCGCACCCCUCUCUCUCACAGCAUGGACGCCCGCUCGCUCUCCCUCCUCCCCCUCUGCGCUCCCUCUGACGGGCCGAAGCCACGUGGCGCUGCUGAUUCAGCCAGUGUUGACGGUGGUGGUGGUGGUGAUGGUGGUGGUGAUGGUGGUGUUGGUGGUGGUAGUGGGUGUUAUCAUGACCAGCUGAAGCAGCUGAACCCAAACCAGCUGCUGCUGCAGGAGCAGCGAGAAGAGCAGCAGGAGGAGCUUAAGGCGGAGCCGAAGCUACUCCAAGACAGGCAGCAGCAGCAGCAGCCGGAGGAAGAGAAGUGGCAGCAAUCACAGCGGCAGCAGCAGCAGCAGCAGCAGAGGAAGGGGCAGGAAAGGCAGCAGAAGCAGCAGGGGGAGGCGCGGGUGCGGCGAGGCAGCGUGGCAGUGGACGGCAUGGGCGACUCGUUCCAGGAAUUCAGGAGCCUGCGGCCGGCAGAGUUUGUCCUACGCCGCACAUACUCAGACGUGCACGUCUCCUACAGCAUAGACUACCAGGGAGCCCCUCUUGGCACGGGGCAGUUUGGAGUGACGAGGAGGUGCCUGAGCAAGCGCACAGGGGAGGAGCUAGCAUGCAAGACAAUAGACAAGGCGAGCAUCAAGACGCAUGCGGAUGCGGAGGACGUGAGGAAGGAGGUGGCUUGCCUGGAGCUGCUGGCUGGGCACCCCACUGUGGUCACCAUAAAAGAUGCAUUCGAGGACGCUCAGCAUGUGCACAUCGUCACGGAGCUCCUAGCGGGCGGCGAUCUCUUCGACAGAAUCAAAUCGCUCCGCCGCCUCUCCGAGCCCGCCGCCGCCCGCCUCAAGUCGGUGGUGGAGAGGAUACUCAAGAAAGAGGUGGCGUUCAGAGGGGCCAAGUGGGAGGGCGUGUCGGAGGAGGCCAAGGACCUGGUUGCUCGCAUGCUCGUGAAAGAUGCGAGCAAGCGAAUUGGAGCCCUUGAGAUUCUCGGUGAGUUGUGGGUCGUCUUCUGA